AUGUCAGCUAGUGCAGUGAUGAGCAGUCGGUCUAGAAUGAUUCCAUUAGCUCUUGUCAUCGAUCUUGCAUGUCAGAAGACAUACACUGAUCUUAUGCGUUUGGUUGAUCUUCUUCCAAGCAAAACUGAUUUGGAAAAGAAGAUUGAGCUCGCCAGAUUUUUCAGCCGAACAAGAAACCUUUUCAUUCGUAUCGAAGCUCUUACGAAAUGGGCAAACACAUCAUCAAAAGUUGACAAAUGCGAGAAAAUUUCCAACUUUCUCGAGGAGCAAAGCAUGCUUCUUUUAGAUACUGCGAACGUAUUAACUAUUCUACACCAUAAUCACUUAAUCUCAGCUCGGUUGCCUCCUUUCGCAAUGGUUUUGGCUAUUGAUAUAUUUGUCAAUAAGACCUACACUCGUUUGCCAAAAGCCAUUGAACGUCAAUUCAUUCCCGCUUUACCUAUAACUGAAGAAGACAUUCGGUCAAGCUUAAUAGACCUGAAUCGGAUCAUUAAGUAUCGCCUUAGUAUCUCUCAGAUGCCCAGACCUUUUACUAACAUUCUCAUUGAUAAAGGCAGAGUGAUUUUCACGGUUCCUCAUGAGUUCAAAGUGACCCUGACAAUGCUCUCUGAGGCACAAAAUUUUCCCUGGCGAAUCCUUGAUAUUGAGUUUCUUGUUUCGGAUCCAAAACGUAGUGUUGAGGGCUCACUGGUUCAUCCACAUCAGAUUCAAUUCUUACUCAAUCGCGUUCAAAGUCGGAUUUUGGAUCGUCGUUUCGAUAAGAGAUCGCCUCUAGUCCAUCUUUAUGAUAUGCUUCAUGCGUUCGCAUUGUCGCUCCAACUGGAUGUUUUGUUCGAACAGGCUCAACAUUUGCGUUCUAGGCGCCCGACAGACCCUUUCAACAUUGAGGAGUAUCGUCCAGGACAGUUUUUAAAAGUUAUCUAUUGGCGAGGAUUGUCUACUUGUAACUACGAAGCUGCUAUGGGCCCCGAUGGCAAAAUGCGACCGUCAAUUUAUUCAAUUAUGAUUCACACUGAUCCGAUCGACUCCCAGCGUCCGCUCUGUGUAUCCCAUUAUCCAGAACUCAAUGCUGAAGACGCAUUCAGAGUCGGAAACUACAUUCAAGCCAGUUGUCUAUCGAUUGAGAACCUUCUUACUCGAACCAUUGUGGUUCGUGCCGAACGCAUGCUCAAUGAGAUUAAUAUGGAUAUCAUUCCUCUUUGUCCUGGUCCCAUCAACUUGGGUGAUGUGCCCUUAUCUCUCUGUAUCCCGGUUCUUUGGCCGUGCCUACCUCAUGAAUACCUUCAUCUCCGUGUUGAUUCAACUCAAGGUCUGAUUCGAGCGUCAUUUCCUGCGUCAGACCAACAGAAAUGCAUCCCCCUUCUUAAAGACCUUGAAGCCGCCUUCAAUAGACCUACAACUCGAAGAGUUACUCUUGAUCGUAGUUCUUCUAUCGAAUGCCGUGCUGGCAAUCGGGGUAUGAGAAACUUGGCGGUGGAUGACAGACGCUGGCAGUCCCGUCUAGUAGAAAUUUUUUCCCAUUUGCGUUGUUUGCUCGGCCAAUGGAGGAUAAAGUGGAUUAGUAGGGGGCGAAUUGUUAAAGACUGCCUUCCUAUUUCCAUCCCAAUGCAGAAAAUGGGUCGUUCUCCGCCAAGGCACACGGGUUACUUGCAGUUAUUGGAGAGAGUCAAACAGGAACGCUCCCUUCUGUCGUAUAUCAAGCUCUUUCCUAAUGAUGAAUACUACCUUCUUUGUGAAGUUUCUCCUGCUGUUGAAGGAGUCCUCUCUGUGCUCUAUCGGUACUACUUGCUUAAGUGUAGUCCUUUAUCGACUGCAGUGACUGAUUUGAGAGUUGCUCCAGAGAGUCGAUCACUCUUUCACGUCUCAGACGAUGUGGUUCCAGAUAAGGACUCUCAGUUAUUUUGUGUGGCGUUGCAGAUCUCACAUUUCUUCCCACUGAUUGGAGAAUCGGCGGAGAUUUUAGCAGGAAAAUUGCCUUCCUUCUCUUCGUUGCAGUUUGAAAAUAAACUCAAUGACUUGCGUAGGCAUAUAACGCGUAUACAAUGCACAGCCUCCGCUAAACGUGUAAAUCGAAUUCGUCGACUGUUGGACCACCUGGCAAUCACAUCGGGAGACGAAGUGGUUGCAUCUAAACGCCGUCGACUUCAUCUCGAACGUUUUCCAUCGAUUGAAGAGUCUACUUCCCUAAAACCCGCAGAUUCUCCACCAGAUUCUGUUGAAAUGAAGGAGGAGAUGGCACAACCGGAGCAAAUCCAGUUGCCUGAUAUUUCUCGCCUGCUGGCAUCUAUCGAAGACGAUGUAGUUGUUAAUGAGUUGAAUGAGCAAUUGCCCGAACAUGGAAUUCAACACGAGGGAGUGGUUAAUGAUCCUCUGAGUGGAACUCUAACUGUCGAUAUAAAAAAGUAUGUUUGGCUCUUAUUUUUUUCUAUUUCGGUGCUGAGUUUAUGA